UGUUCUCCUGAGUGCUGUGAGUGGAGAGGACACUCAGGAUCGUACCGAUCGCCUGCUGCUCACUCCUUGGGUGAAGUUCUUGUGGGAGUCCUACCGCCAGUGCUUGGACCUGCUGAGGAACAACUCCAAGGUGGAGCGCCUGUACCAUGACAUCGCCCAGCAAGCAUUCAAGUUCUGCCUACAGUACACCCGUAAAGCAGAAUUUCGCAAGCUGUGUGACAAUCUGCGUAUGCAUCUGGGUCAAAUCCAGCGCCACCACAACCAGAGCACGGCCAUCAACCUGAACAACCCAGAGAGUCAGUCCAUGCACCUGGAGACUCGCCUGGUGCAGCUGGACAGUGCCAUCAGCAUGGAGCUCUGGCAGGAAGCAUUCAAGGCUGUUGAAGACAUCCAUGGCCUGUUUGCCCUUUCCAAGAAGCCUCCCAAGCCCCAGUUGAUGGCCAACUACUACAACAAGGUGUCGACUGUGUUCUGGAAAUCUGGAAACGCUCUCUUCCACGCCUGCACCCUCCACCGGCUCUAUCACCUCUCAAGAGAGAUGCGUAAGAAUCUGACCCAAGAUGAGAUGCAGAGGAUGUCCACCAGAGUCCUCCUGGCCACGCUGUCUAUCCCCAUCACCCCCGAGCGCACAGACAUUGCUCGGCUGCUGGACAUGGAUGGCAUCAUUGUUGAAAAACAACGCCGGCUGGCCACCCUCCUGGGCCUGCAGUCUCCACCAACCCGGCAGAGUCUCAUCAAUGAUAUGGUGAGAUUUAACUUGCUGCAGUAUGUUGUACCCGAAGUGAAAGAACUGUACAACUGGCUCGAGGUAGACUUUCACCCUCUGAAGCUGAGCGGACGAAUGACCAAGGUGCUGAACUGGGUGAGAGACCAGUCUGAGAAGGAGUCUGAUCUGCAGCACUAUGUCCCUCACCUGCAGGGUAAUACCAUCCUGAGGCUCCUGCAACAGGUACG